UAAAGAGGCCCUGGAGUGAGUGGAGAUGCACAGAUGAAGGAGAGCCUCCACUGAGAGCAUCACAAGGCAGCACCCGGAGAAAAGGUCCACACAAUUAAACAUCCUCAAUAAUUCAUCUCAGAAUGUCCUCAUUUUACUUGGUGGUUUUACUGUGCUGUUCUGCACCAAGCAUCAUGGCCUGGAAAGCACAUUUUGGGAAGUGUGAAGUCAGCAUCCACAUUCAUGAACUGAGAGACCAUUUUAAUGAAAUAAGGCACACAAUCAAUGGUGACGACCGGAAUCUAAAAGUUCAAAUUCUAAAGGACCAUAUCCUGCUCAAAGUCAAGCCUUCUGAAAGUUGUUGCUUCCUGCGCCAUACGCUGCGCUUCUACGUGGAGAAAGUCUUCAGCCAUUACACCGCCAGCAACUCCCACAUUAGGAGGAGGACAAGUGGGCUUGCUAACUCCUUCCUCACAAUAAAAAGAGACUUACGACAAUGCCAUGCUCUUCAGCUUUGUAGCUGUGACGAUGAGUUCAGGACCAGGUUUGAGGAAAUCCACAGCACCUAUGAAAUGUUGGAUGUCAAAGUAGCUGCAGUGAAAGCCAUCGGUGAGCUGGACUUCCUCCUGGACUGGAUUGAAGGACAUCAGUAUGACUGAAACGUCUGUGGAAAUAAAACACACAUCCACAUCUUUUCUGUUAUUUAACUGAACAAGGAGAUUGUUAUCAUACAGUU